CAGUGCUUAUAAAUUCUUUACCGUUGAAGUUAUCGUGCAUAAUCAAACCGCCAACAAAUCUCUUCACUGUAUUUAAUUUUCGCAGUAUUUUUUCUUGUUGCAAAUCGCACACCUACUGUAUUCCACCGGCUGAUCGCGUCACAAUGACCGCCGUGGAUCGCGUCAACACGGACGCGCUGAUCGGUAGCGUGCGCUCCAGCAUGCUGAUCACCAUGGGCUCACAGGCGACGCUGGCGCUCAUCGCCGGGAUUCUCAUUCACAGCCUCGCUCCAACCCUGAUAGAAGAGACCAUCGCACUGGGCAUCUGGUUCCUGGGCGGCCUCAUGUACGUGUUCGUCGUGGGCGCGGCCGUCUGGGCCUACCGCCUGCACACCACCCGCCAUCUCAUCGUCGCCCCACCCUCCGACCUGGACGCCAUCCUGCAGUUCGACAGCGGCCAGGACACCCGCAAAAAAACCAUUCUUCGCCACUUCCGCGGCUACACGUACUCCUGCUGCGGCCUCCUGGCCGUCGGGUCCUUCCUAGCGGCGCUAAGCGACCUGCCAAACGCCAUCAACGCUGAGCGCUUGGACUUGCUCAAAUGGCCUAUUAUCUUCGGAUUAGUAGCGUUCGGGCCGCUGCUCAUCUUUUUCAUCUACAAUAUGCUGGCGGGGAACCGCUAUGAAGAGCGCAUGAAAAGCCGGAGCGUCUUUGAAGGGGAACGCCGGCGGGGCCUGGCAGCGGUGGACGGGGACGGACCGGUGCGGUUCGAAGGACUGCCUGCGAUCGGGGCGCCGACGGAGAGUGCCGAUCAGGCACUGGAUACGGUGCUGCGGAAUAACUGAGCUAGAACCGUGUUGCGGCAGAGAAGAAUUAAUUCAGAGUGUACAGAAAGAAAGAACUGGCGCGUGAUUUUCAUUCGACUUUGGGAUCGGUUGAAAGGAUUUUAUGCAGCUGUACUUGAUGGAAAAAUUUUGGAAUUAUUAGUCGAGUUUCAUUAGCAUAAUAGCAUUUAUAUUCGUUUAGUGACCUUUGAAAGCACAUGCAGUAUUUUUGCACUACGUACUGUAGUUGAAUAAUGUUUACGGAAAUGUGGAUGGAAUGGCCCUUGUCCGUUCAUGACGUUGUCUAAAGUUGCGGUUAUGAAAUUUCUUAUGGUCAAUAAUUUCUUAAGUUAA